UGCUAAUUGUUGAAUUUCGAGCCUGCUAGCCAGCCUGCAACCAUUAUUGGUGUUGCUGGGGCAGGGCUUCUCUGCGACCUAAACCUGAAGCCUUGUGCAGCUGUUAUUUGGAGAUUUCUUCCUCUCUUUCAAAUAUAUCGUCGAUAAAAUCCAUUUAGUAAGUGUCACGAUGGGAAACACGAAAUUCGAAGAGGGGCUGGCGGGAGCUGUUAUUUCAGGCGUGCAGCAAUGGAUUCAGCAGCAGAAAAAUGAGCACACAUUUCUAUGGGAUGGAUUUGACGGACGCAUCCAUUGAUUAUCGAUGUUUGCAUCCAUCCGCGAUGCAGAUUUUCGUCAAGACCCUGACCGGAAAGACGAUCACCCUCGAGGUGGAGUCGUCCGACACCAUUGACAACGUCAAGCAGAAGAUCCAGGACAAGGAGGGUAUUCCCCCAGACCAGCAGCGCCUUAUCUUCGCCGGCAAGCAGCUCGAGGAUGGCCGCUCCCUUUCGGACUACAACAUCCAGAAGGAGUCGACCCUUCACCUGGUCCUGCGUCUGCGUGGUGGUAUUAUUGAGCCCUCCCUCAGGGCCCUUGCCUCGAAGUUUAACUGCGACAAGAUGAUUUGCCGCAAGUGCUACGCUCGUCUCCCCCCUCGUGCCACCAACUGCCGUAAGAAGAAGUGCGGUCACAGCAACCAGCUCCGCCCCAAGAAGAAGCUGAAGUAAAUGUUUCGGUUUAUAUCCUUUCUCUUGUUUGAACAUAUUUUUAAGACAAGUUGGGCUUUAAUACAAUGCACGUGAAGCAAAUUAUUAAAGUUAUCGAUAUCAAUAUCAUAAAAACAAUGCAAACGGUAAC